CUCUGGCUCGGCCACCAGCUCCGGCCUCGGCGACCCCGCCCAGAGCCCCCUCCCCGGAGCGGAGCCCACCCGAGGGCACCUCUCCCGCCCCCCAGCCCAGCCGCCCGGCCAGAACAGCAGCCCCGGGGGGCAGCCCCCCUUCAGCCUGACUCCCUCCAGCCCAGCCCUGCCAGAUCCCCUCAGCCAUGAAUCUCUUCCGAUUCCUGGGAGACCUCUCCCACCUCCUAGCCAUCAUCUUGCUGCUGCUCAAAAUCUGGAAGUCCCGCUCGUGUGCCGGGAUUUCGGGGAAGAGCCAGGCCCUGUUUGCUGUGGUGUUCACUGCCCGCUACCUGGACCUCUUCACCAACUACAUCUCACUCUACAACACGUGCAUGAAGGUGGUCUACAUCGCCUGUUCUUUCACCACGGUCUGGAUGAUUUACAGCAAGUUCAAAGCCACUUACGAUGGGAACCACGACACGUUCCGAGUGGAGUUCCUUGUUGUCCCCACGGCCAUCCUGGCGUUCUUGGUCAACCAUGACUUUACUCCUCUAGAGAUACUCUGGACCUUCUCCAUCUACCUGGAGUCCGUGGCCAUCCUGCCGCAGCUGUUCAUGGUGAGCAAGACAGGCGAGGCGGAGACCAUCACCAGCCACUACUUGUUUGCGCUGGGGGUCUACCGCACGCUCUAUCUCUUCAACUGGAUCUGGCGCUACCACUUCGAAGGCUUCUUCGACCUCAUCGCCAUCGUGGCAGGCCUGGUCCAGACGGUCCUCUACUGUGAUUUCUUCUACCUCUACAUCACCAAAGUCCUCAAGGGGAAGAAGCUGAGUUUGCCGGCGUAGCCCUGGUCCUCGCCAUCCCUCUCCGGGGCAGCUGCGAGAGGCAGAGGAAGGCGACGAAAGACGAAGAGCCUUCCCAUCCAGGGGAACUUUUUUAAGAACCCACCUCUCGGUACUCCCCAGCCCUGCUCCUGCCAGGUUUCAGGGGGCAGUGGAGGACCCAAGUCUUGGGGCAGCUCAGGACCUGGGCUGUUUGUAGUUUUUUUGCCUUUUAGAGAAGAAAAAAAAAAUCUUUCCACUAUUUAGGUUUUGAUUCUGAUGACUCCUUUCUUUUCUACUCUCUGGCCCCAAUUU